GGGUUCUGGUGCUCAUUCACAAACACUGCGAGUUUCACGCAGUAAUCUGCUGUCACCCGUUCAUCAGGGAACAUUCAGGUUCUCAUCAGACCUCCUCACAGCACGUGAGCUAACAGACCCACAGAGGGGCCCGGGGCCCCAUGUGCUGUCAGAUUAUAUAUAUAUAUACAGAGAGAGAAGAGCUACACGCAGCGUUCCCUCUGAGAUGUCGGACAGAUAUCAGCAGGUCAGUGGUUCUCAGGGGACGACUUCUUAACUGGAACGCCGUCAAGUCGACGUCAUUCCCAGCUGCGACCUCCGAGGUCAAAGGAACGCCGCGUUCGCAGAACCUACGGGCGAUGGCGAGGCCGAGCCACAGCGAUCAUGUCCUCCAGCAGCUCAACAACCAGCGGGAGUGGGGCUUCCUGUGCGACUGCCUCAUCGCCAUCGGUGACAUCUACUUCAGGGCGCACAAGGCCGUCCUAGCGGCCUGCAGCUCCUACUUCAGGAUGAUGUUCAUCCGGGACCAGCAAGGGACGGGCCGUCUGGACCUCAGCAACAUGCAGAUCAGUGCCGAGUGCUUCGACCUCAUCCUGCAGCUCAUGUACCUUGGACGCAUCGUCGUGGGGAGCUACGAGUUUGAGGAGCUCAAGGCCUCCAUGGCGUACCUUCAGAUGUACUACAUCCCGGACUCGCUGGAGGAUCUCAGGGACAUCAGGAGCUCCAACCUCACACCGUCCUCCUCCGCCUCCUCGUCCAGUUCCUCCACAGGAGCCGCCGCCGGGAAGAUGAUGUUUGGAGUCCGCAUGUUCGAGCAGCAGAGGCCUGCUGCACCGGAAGCGGAGCAUUUACCAAAAGCUGUCAACAGCACCGCGGGGCGCCCAGCUGUUCCAGUGACCAUCAGCAGACCGGUGGUGGUGGAGGAGGUGGUGAACACGCCUUUGAUAGUGGCACCCCCGGUGGUGGACGGAGGAGUCGAGCAGCCGUGUGAUUUGAGAAAGAGGUCCAGCGGCAGGAGUUCGACUCUCAAAGACCGUCCUCGGUUUGGCCGCACCUACACCUGCGACGACUGUGGCUUCGUCUUCAGCUGCGAGAAGCUUUUAAUUGAACACAUUCUGACCUGCACCAACCGCAAGGCCUUUCAUCCGGCAAGAGGUAACGUUGAAGGUGACAACGACUCCAGUAAAGCAGAGAGCUCCGCCUCCGAGAGCACAGAGGAACACAGGGUCAUCUGUAAAGGUGAGGACGACUGGCCCGAGGCCAAGGCCGACUCUGACCUCCCCGUCAGGUCAGCAGCUGGACCAGAAGGUGAGCCCGGAUCGGCCAGGAGUGUCUCCAUCAAGACGGAACCAGAAGAAGGCACAUUCCCUGAGAUAGAGGUGGUCCGGGUCGGUGAACACAGUGCCAGAGACUGUAGCGCACUGUUCAGUGACGCCACACUUAAAGACUUGCGUAGGGAGAAAACCGGUUCAGGCCGGGAACCAGAGCCCGGCGUCUCAGGUAUGGAUAACAGCAGGGAGCCUUUCGAAGGCCACAUGUCCAGCAGUGAAGAUUCGGGAAUCCCUGCGAAGCUUCGUAAGGUCAAAGACGAGAAGCUGGACGCCGACUGUGCCCCCUGUGAACUCUGUGGUGCUCUGCUAACAGAGGAGGACAAGUCAGCCCACUAUCUGUCCAACCACAUGGGCCAUAUAUGCGCCUGCGGGAGGUGUGGCCAGGUGCUGAUCAAAGGCCGCCAGCUCCAGGAGCACGCGGAGCGCUGCGGCGAAUCCCAAGGCGGCGACUCGGAUUCCCACGGGGAGGACGAGGCGUCCCUGCUGGAGGAGCCCCACGGGAUGGAAGAGGGCCUGCUGGAGGCGGCCGACCUAGCCUGCUCUCACUGCGGCCUGCUGUUCCAGAACGAGAGCCUGGCGCUGGAGCACGCCUUGUCCUGCCACGACCAGGAGCUGUUCCGCCCGGUGCUGCUGGAAGAGAGCAGUGAACCGGACCACCGCCGCAAACACUUCUGCAGCAUCUGUGGCAAGGGCUUCUAUCAGCGCUGCCACCUGCGGGAGCACUACACCGUCCAUACCAAGGAGAAGCAGUUCACCUGCCAGACCUGCGGGAAGCAGUUCCUGCGGGAGCGCCAGCUCAGGCUGCACACCGACAUGCACAAAGGCAUGGCCCGCUACGUGUGUCCGGUCUGCGACCAGGGAACCUUCCUCAAACACGACCACGUCCGCCACAUGAUCUCCCACCUGUCGGCCGGGGAAACCAUCUGCCAGGUGUGUUUCCAGAUCUUCCCCGGGGGAGAACAGCUGGAGAAGCACAUGGACGUCCACCUGUACAUCUGCGGCGUCUGUGGAGAGAAGUUCCGCCUCCGUAAAGACAUGAGGAGCCACUAUAACUCCAAGCACACCAAGAGACUAUAGGAACUUUCCAAACCGUCCUCUGCAUUUAUACUAGUUUGUUACUAAAAGCCAUAAAUGUGAGAACAAAUGUAUGCACUUGAACACCAAAAAGACUUUAACCUGCACUUUUAAACUAUAUGCAUAACCUAAACUGGCGUUCACACUGCGAGCAGCGGGGCUGAUGAUUGGUCGCUCUGUCAUGACUCUGAUGGCACCUGUGCAGCUUUUUACUCUGUGCCGAUGAAAAGACGUUAAGCAGACGGGCGUCUCAGCUUACUUUCAGGAUAUGAUGAGAAGUUUCUCCCCAGCACCUGAUAAAAGUCAGAAUUAACUCGUGUCGCUGAAACAAUCACAUUAGGCGGAGAACGAUCAAGUUUGGAAACCUUAACUGUCCUCACUGUUCAUACGAAGCUAGAUGUGUUAUUAUUUAGAAUAUUUAUAAAGAAGCUGGAUUUUUAUAUAAAAGAUGAUAUAUAAACAUGAUAUUUGCAUUUUAGCUCAUUUGGAGCAUCAGACAGGAACAGGGAUCCAUCUUUAGGUCCCCGAGUCCAAAAACCCAAAGAAGUAAAACUGAGAUUGAGACGAAACAUAAUGAGCAGAUCCUCACACUGGAGAAUUUAAUGUUCUGUUGAGUAACUAAGUAACUAGUUAAAGAGCAACUCGCAUUCGCACUAAAACGUACCAAAGUCAAGUUUGGAUUUAAGAGACUUUAAGUUUUUAUUUUCUGUUGGUGUUUCUCGACUGGUCUCCAGCCCACGGCUCUACGGGCCUGUCGAGGAAACUCCCACCGUGCCUCUCCACCUGUUUGGUUCAUGAUUGUGUUGCUCACAGUGUGAACGCACGGGAAGACCGGCAGUGAACUCCAAAAGAAGUCAAAACCGGUGCGACCGAAAACACUGCUGAUCGAUGGGGCCCCCUUUUGUGUCCAGAGGGAGGCGCUUCAGAGUCGGAAUAACCGGGGAGGGGAGUCAGUCCGCUUUGUUGCUACGUAGGUAUUUUGGUGCUUAACGUUAAACACUGUUGGUGGAAAAUAUUAUUAUUAUAAAUAAUGAAUAUAAAAUUGACAAUAACAUAUGAAACAAUGAAUGGGGGCGGUCUGGUGAUGCCGGUCCAAAGGUGGCGUACCUUUAAGACGCCCAGUUGGGUUUCUUUUUGGAGCGACCUGUCUGUGAAGCGGCUGUCGGCAUGUCAGAGGGCUGCGAGGCCUCAAAGUGUUCGAGCUUUGACGUCAACUCGUUUCCCAGGAUACCAGCGUCCCUGAAGAUGAAACACGGCGAGUUUUUUUUAAUGUUGUAGUUAGUGAAAGACUGCGUUCUGUUUUAUGAGUUUGAUCGCACACUGAUACUCGUCUUCCCUUCUCCUUCAGACAUUUUUCGGCUUUGCGUUCACUGCGUCACGAUGAUAUCAUGCUCUGUGAUUGGUGCCUUUACUGUAACAGUGGUUCGUCGUCUCGUUUUCCUUUCUGUCUUUUCUGCAGAGAUGCAUGCUGGGGGAUGGACAGGCACAAGUACGGACCCCCCUGUUUCAAAGUGAAUAUUUAAACAUUAGAUUGUGAAAAGGUUGAAACACAAAACACUAGAAGUGGUCCGCUCUGGAACCGUGUGCUGGACUGGACUUUAAGGGCCUUUCCAAGCCUGCGCUGUUAAGUCUGGUUGAAUCGGACUCUGGUUCCUUUUCCUCCUCGGUACGAUUCGUUGGGGCAGAUUUAAAAAGCAAGCGUACUCAGGUGAGGACCAAAGCAGACCCUUUAGAGGACGUAGUCUUAUCCGGUCACAAAAUAAUUCUGGAACGUGAUCUGACCUCGAUCUGACUUCCUAUAAGUCGAACAAAUCCAUAGCCAGGUGUGCUUUGCAUCCUGGGAUGUGAAAUCAACAGCUGCUAGCAGCUAACGGGAGCACGACUCUCAGUCGGACUGGGACUGACCAUGACCACGCAGCCUUGUUGAUCUUUGGGCUGAUAGAAGCUUGAUUUCUCUCUCGACACAUCUAACCAAUGAGAGGAGUGAACGUUCCCACUCGGCCUUUAGUGGUGCGUUCUCAUACAAACACGAGUUUACCAACUCUGAAGCUCCGAUUCAGACCGGAGCAGCUGUUGGUUUUCAAACUUCACAGGUCUUCUGUCUGGGGAAGAACGGCGGCUUCUGUUGCCUUAUGAGUCAGGAAAAUGUGUUUCACUGUGCUUGUGUUCUGGCUGCUAAGGCCAUUACUCUAAACAAGACCACAGCACGUGUGUUUAGAACCAAGCCAUUUCAGAAACGUCUAAACCAGCUGUGAUGGAGUACCAUCACUACGGCUGUAAAAUGAUAAAUAAAUCUACCUUGUAAAUCAGCUGUGGACCAGCUGAAACCACAUCAGAACUAACCUAAACCAUUUCCAAACCACUUCAGAACUAGGACAAAGUAUUUCAACACCAACCAAAACCAAUUCAGAACCGACCACACCAGUCUGCAACCAGUACAAACCAGUUCCAGACAGGUAUUCCAGAACUAAUAUAAUUCAUAUGAGAAAUCUCCCUAAACCAGUUCAAAUCCAGGUCCAAAGCAACCAAAACCAGUUCUGAAGCAGCAUAAACCGCUGAAACCAAACAUUCGGAUCCACCUUAAACCAUGACUGAAACUUCCUGACCAGUUCAGAACAAAACCAAGUGAACAUUAGCUAGCUGAAAGAUCAUUGCAAACCAGUCCUGAACCAGCUGAAACCACUUCAGAACCAACGGAGACCAGUUCUGUCCGUCCUCGGUUAGUCGGACAAUCGGCGCUUUGACGGGGACGCCGCUGUUUUUCUCUGUUGGAUUUACAAUCGGUUAAUUUAAUUCACUGGACCUGGAGAGAAACCAGCUGUGUUCACAUGCGGCUGUGAUGCACGGCGAAUCAAACUAAACCAGUUUAGUGAAAUGGCACUUUGAUCCGAGUCGGCUCGCUUUAUCAAGAUCUCAGAUAUCUGCUGCGUCAGGAACUCGACCUGCAAUCGGCGGUUUAGCUGCUGGUGGACAGAAACGCGGGGUCGAUGGUGUCGGCACUUGUUUCAGACCCGUCAGGUGACGUUUGUUCUGGUCUUUGUGCGUUCAGGUGGUUUUGUUUUUCUCACUGAUGUUCAGUUUGUGGAGUUUUUAAAGGAUGCCGCUCUGAUCUCUGAAAAUAAACACAAGCCUUUCUUAAGCUCUUAAUAAACCAAGUGAAUUCA